AUAUAUAAAGAAUAAAAACCUAAACGUUAGUAUAGCCUACGCUUAUUGCAAGAUGCAGACGUUUCUGAGGUUCCUUUUGGUCGCCUUGUUUUGCUCCUUGAGAUACGGUCUCGUGGUAACACAAAGCAAUUGCAGUUGUGGCUUCGGGAAGCAGGGAAACGUUGGCAAUGUGAACGGGUUCCCCAUGAUGGCGGCCCUGUUGGACCUGCAGAGCUACAAGAUCAAGUGCGGCGGUGUCAUCAUUGACAAGCGGUACGUGCUCACCGCCGCGCAUUGUCUCGGCGGGCAGACGCCGAGCACACUGGCCGUAGCCGUCGGGGAGAACGACGUCAAUACGCCAUUUAACACCUCGGCCGCAGCAUUUCACCGUAUAGAGCAGUUCAUUAUACAUCCGCUGUACUCGAGCUUAAACUACGACUAUGAUAUAGCGUUACUACGGUUGAAUAAAAGCCUCGAGUUCAGCCAUAGAGUGGGACCAGUCUGCUUACCCUUCAAGUUCAAGAAUACAACCAUGCCUGGAUCGAAUCUGACUAUUCUUGGUUGGGGAACUCAGGAUGUCUCCGGUGGACCCACAUUCAAUGUAUUGAGGAAGGUUUAUGGUCACAUGAUCGAACAAGAUGCGUGCCGUGUGAACGUACCCUCGCUGACCAACACACAAUUCUGCACCAACACACCAGGAGACGAUGCGUGUCAGUUUGGAUUCGGCGGCCCGCUGCUGUACGCUGACAAAGAGACAGGCGCAUUUUUCAACAUCGGCAUCUUCAGCUCCGGCCACGUCUGUGCUAACAACGACCAGCCCGGCGUCAACACGCGCGUGCCCCCGCUGCUCGACUGGAUCGUCGUGAACUCGCCCGACGCUGAUUACUGUCCUUUACAAUAAUAGCGUGUUUUAUUUUUGUCAUACAGUAUGUUUAUGAUGGCCAAUAAAGAACUUUUCAUUUUAUUCAUUUCAUUAUUUUCAUCUCCUACGCUUACUGCAUAGUUUAUACCCGUUAUAUUUUUUUUAUCUUUGGAGGAAUACAGCAUGGGUUUCUUCAAAAGAAACAUAGAGUCGUUUUGAUGAUUCGACGACGCCUAUGUGAUGCUCCUGAAGCUGCAAGCGUCCAUAGACCAUGGUGACCGCUUACCAUUAGGUAGACCGUGUAUUUUUAGACAUUUUAAU